CUCUCCUCUCUCAUCUCUCUCCCUAUCUCUUUCUCUUUCUUUCUCUUUCCAUUUCUCUCUCCUCUCUCCUCUCUCUUCUCUCUCUCUCUCUUUCUCUCUCUCCAGAAGGGGCAAAACCCUAAAGAGCCGUUUACACCCACCCAAUUGUCAUGGAUGAUGAUGCGUUGAAUAUGCGUAAUUGGGGUUACUAUGAACCAUCCUUCAAAGGACAUCUUGGUCUGCAGCUCAUGUCAAGCAUGGCAGACCGUGAUUCGAAAAAUUUUCUGCCUGGACGUGAUCCUAAUAGCAUGAUGGUUAACCCAGCAAAUGGAACUUAUCAUCCUCGGGAUUGUGUUGUUUCGGAAGCACCCGUCCCUAUUAAUUAUGUGAGGGACACUUGGGUAAACCAGAGAGACAAGUAUAUCAAUAUGUUGCCUACCAAUCCUAAUUAUGCUGUUCUCCCAGAUACGUCUGGAGCUCAUUCAUUACAGAUGCUACAACCACCUGAUCUGUCGAGGGAUGAGAGGGUGGGUAGAAUUGAUGAGACCCCUGUUAAAAAGGAAGGCGGCCAAAUGAAGAAAAGGCAAGGUGCGAGUGCCCCAAAAGCCCCCAAAGCAAAAAAGCCUAGGAAACCAAGGGAUAAUGGCAAUGCUUCUGUUCAACGUGUAAAGCCAGCAAAGAAGAAUAUGGAUCUUGUCAUAAAUGGGAUUGAUAUGGACAUUUCGGGCAUUCCUAUUCCAGUUUGCUCUUGUACUGGAGCUCCUCAACAAUGUUAUCGGUGGGGAUGUGGUGGUUGGCAGUCAGCUUGUUGUACGACAAAUGUGUCUAUGUAUCCUUUGCCAAUGAGUACCAAAAGGCGUGGUGCGAGGAUAGCUGGACGGAAAAUGAGUCAGGGUGCAUUCAAGAAGGUAUUGGAAAAACUUGCAGCUGAAGGUUAUAACUUUGCUAACGCAAUUGAUCUGAGGACUCACUGGGCAAGACAUGGUACCAACAAGUUUGUCACUAUCAGGUAGAGAUACAUGGCAUGGUACCAUUAAUGGGAUUGACAUUGCAUUUGGUCUGUUUCAUCUGUAUAUAUAUCUAUGGCCUUUGCAGAGAUCUACUGGUUGCUAUGUAGUCCAAGAAUUUUUAGAGUUAUGACACUUGUUUUUAAAAUUUGGACAACUGGGUUACUUCCUUCUAUUUUAUUUUUAAUGUUUCGGCUUAUGUGAUAAAGGCAACCAGUAGCUUCUGGCCAUCAGAUUUAUGUUGAGAAUUGUCAUUUAUUGAACGUUCUUUUUGGACAAUGUACUUUCAGCUUUUAAUUUAGUUUUGUCAAAGAUUAGCAAUUAACUGCUUUUUUCUUCA